AUGUCGGCGCCGCCCGCCCUGCAGAUCCGCGAGGCAAACGCGCACUUGGCGGCCGUGCACCGGCGCGCGGCGGAGCUGGAGGUGCGGCUGGACGCGGCGGAGCGCACAGUGCGCGCCCAGGCCGAGCGCCUGGCCCGCCACGACCAGCAGCUGCGCGCCGCCCUGGACGAGCUCGGCCGCGCCAAAGACCGUGAGAUCGCCGCUCUCCAGGAGCAGCUGCUGACCUCCGAGGCCGCUGUCCACAGCCUACAGGCCACCGUGCGCCAGAGGGACGACCUCAUUGGGCAGUUGCAGCCCCGGGCCGAGCUGCUAUGGGACAUCUGCCGUCACCAGCCGCCCCUGGCCAGGCUGCUGGCCACCCUGGCUGAGGCUGAGCGCCUGGGGCCCCUGCCAGCCAGCGACCCUGGUGGGCCCGGUCCCCCACUUGCCAACAGCACUGGGGAGGAAGGUGCCAUGGACCACCUGCAGCCGGCCGUGUUUGGGACCACGGUGUGAACCCUG